UCGCCGUAGCUUGACUAUAAAGCUUGCGUCAGCGGAAGUCCCACCCUCUUCAUCCCCUCCUUGCAGGCUGUGCUUCAGUCCGCAGACACGGCAAGAUGCCACGCAAAAUUGAAGAAAUCAAAGAUUUCCUGCUUACAGCAAGAAGGAAGGAUGCCAAGUCCGUAAAGAUCAAGAAGAACAAGGACAAUGUUAAGUUCAAGGUGCGUUGCAGCAGGUACCUGUACACCCUUGUCAUCACAGACAAGGAGAAGGCUGAGAAGCUGAAGCAGUCCCUGCCCCCAGGUCUGGCUGUGAAGGAACUCAAGUAGAGGACAGUCUUUGUGUACAGUGAAUUGCAAUAAAGAGGAAACCCAUUUUGUCUUGGUUGUUGUGCCACUACAGUAAAUUGUCUGAUAUGUA